AUGGUGACGUUCAAGGAGUGUGUUGACACUGUUGUAAAGACGGCUCGAUUGGGAGAGGCUUUGAACAAGUCGUUGUUCGUUGCAAUUCUUUCUUAUGUCGACACAGACCGGAGGGUGAACGAAGUCAUUGAGUUCUUAAACGCGACAGAUUGCAGCUUCUCAUUUGUCUUGAUUACAAGGCGAGAUCGUGGGAACGAGGGCAAAGCUGGUGUCCUUAGGGACUUCAUUCGGCAACUUGAUUUGGAUCACAAGCAGAUUCUUUUUAUCGACGACAAAGCGCGGCUAGAAGUAGAAGGAAUCCGAAAUCAAGCUAGGGAAGAGGUUGCCCGUGCCCAUCAAGAACCUGAAUGCACUCAAUUGGAGCUGAUGAAUUUGAGAAAGGAAGCGCAGAUUCAUGUUUCAACAUUGGAAGGGAAGAUUUCAGAGCUGGUUCAUAUGAACUCGAUGUUGACCAAGAAGGUUGAAGAACAAUCAUGCUUGGUUGAGACACUAUUGAAGCGGGUCGAUGAUCAAUGUGUUGUCAUUUCUUCCUUAAGGACGUCAUUGAACACCACAGUCAUAGACUCCAAUCGCGCGGGUGUAGGAGUAGGUGACCCACGAAAUGCCAGUGAAGGUCCACCAGUUUUCUCCAUAGCCACCCCUCAAGGGGGUUUGUCCAGUGCAUCCGCCGGUCCAAAUCGUUUGCUGUUGCCACAUUCCACCAGUGUGAUUCCGAAUCAGGAUCUGCAUUCUGCAGCGGCCAGCGAGUUGCCAUUAGGUGUUGGCCAUGUCGUUGCAGGAGAGCAAUCAGGAGAAGGACAUCUUUUCUGCACUUCCAGAGUGCCCCGCAGCCUUGCCAAAGCUCAUGAGGAAAUCCUGCGGCUAAAUGAAUGGCUCUGA